CAUUCACUUCUUCAAUUUUUUGGUGUUUAAUUUUACCAUAAUAGUCCUUCCAGAUAAUUUCAUUAUGACUUUCUUUCUUAUUCCAAAGGUAUUGUGGGCAUUUUAAAAAUUAGUAUAACUUUUGACACCAAGCUUUGACUGUCCUUCACGCGAGAUAGAGAUUAUUAUUAUAAUUAGCAUCGUGGUUAUCAUCAUAAACCAUGUAGUUUAUUCUCUGAGCAAGUGGAUAUGAACACCAAUGAACAUGAAGUCUUGGUUUUUUUUUUAGUUUUUGUCAUGUUUUAUUUAUUUUUAGUGACCUGUUCCCAGCUACCACCUCCCUUGUUCUGGGUUUUUUAGUGUGGUUUCUAUAGUCUCAUGCUUUGCUUCUUGUGGUUAGUUUCUUGCCGGCCUAUUCUUGAAACCUUGUUUUGGUGGUUUUCAUUUUCCAAUGGCCCUGCUUAGAGCCUCAGCUGAACCGGCUUCUCCUCGUCGGUGGAAGCAUGAUGUGUUUUUAAGUUUCAGGGGUGAAGACACCCGCAAGGGCAUUGUUUCCCAUUUAUACGAUGAGCUGCAAAACAGGAGAGGGAUUAAAACAUUCAAGGAUGAUCAGCAGCUUGAAAUAGGGACAGCUAUUUCUCCAAGUCUCCUAAUGGCAAUCCAAGAAUCAUGGUUUGCCAUCAUUGUUCUCUCGCCAAAUUAUGCUUCUUCUUCUUGGUGUUUGGAUGAACUUACACACAUUUUUCAAUGCAUGGAAGACAAGAACAGAAUUCUGCCUCUUUUUUAUCACGUUGAUCCCUCUGAUGUACGCCAUCAAAGGGGAAGUUUUCAAGAAGCCUUCACUAAACAUGAACAACAGUCUAGGCAAGACAUGGACAAGGUCAAGCAGUGGAGAGAUGCUUUAAAUAAAGUUGCCUAUCUCUGUGGCUGGGAUGCCAAGAAUUAUGUAUCCGAAAGAGAGCUUGUCAAAAGCAUUGUGACAUUUGUGUGCAGCAAAGUACUUCAAGUUUCACGACCUAUUGAAAUCGAGUGUAUAAUGCAUACUGGAGAUUUUGAGGCAUUUGAAGCAACCAGACAAGCUAUGGAUAAGGUCGUGUCGGCACUUAAAGAUGAUAACAUCACUGUCAUUGGCAUCAACGGAAUGGGAGGUGUCGGCAAAACAACCAUGGUUACAUAUGUCAGUUCACAAGCCAAAAGAGACGGGAUCUUCGAUCAUGUGAUUAUGGCUUGUAUAUCUGAAAACCCUGACUUGAUCAAAAUUCAAGGCAUAUUAGCAGAUAUGUUGGGAAUGCAAUUGAAAGAGGAGACAGAAAUUGGAAGAGCUGGUAGAUUGAAGGAUAGAAUAAUGAGAGGAAAUAGGAUUCUUAUAAUCUUGGACGACAUGUGGAAGAAUAUAAAUUUAUCAAGCAUAGGAAUUCCCAGCUACAAUGAGCUUAGAAAGUGUAAUUCUAAACUCUUGCUCACCACAAGGAGAUUAUCUGUUUGUCAAGUCAUGAGGAGCCAAGCAAUCAUCCCUCUUAACAUCCUAUCAAAAGAAGAUUCUUGGAGCUUGUUUGUAAAGGAAGUGGGACAUUCUUUUCAUGAAUCCACCAGAUUUUAUGAUAUAGCGAGGAAGGUAGUUAGAGAAUGUGCUGGUCUCCCAAUUGCAUUGAUAACAGUUGCAAGGGCACUGCAAUAUAAAGACAUGGAUGAAUGGGAAGAAGCAGCUCGACGACUAGGGAUGUCUCAACCUGUCAGCCUUGAUGAUGAGGGAGAUGUUUUCAAAUGUAUAAAGUUGAGCUAUGAUUACUUGAAAAGUGAUCUUGCCAAGUCAUGCUUCUUGCUUUGCUGUCUAUUCCCAGAAGACUAUGACAUCCGCAUUGAAGACUUGCUUAAAUAUGGGAUCAGUCAUGGUUUAUUUCGAGAUUCCAACACCAUGAAUGAAGCCAGAGCCAUAAUCCAUUCGGUGGUCAAGUACCUUAAAGCAUCAAACUUGCUUUUAGACAGUGAAAUAGAUGGAUGUGUAAGGAUGCAUGAUGUCAUUCGGGAUAUGGCCAUAUCAACUACAUUAUCCGAGAACAACAAUGGGUUUUUGGUGAAAGCUGGUUUACACAACCUUUCCGAAGAGUUGAAAAGGUCUCGAGUUGAGGAGCGAUGGGAGCGUUUAGUCGGUGCAGUAUUAUGUUGGAAAAGAAAGGAAUCAACUUUUGAAAAUGGGAGCCAUGGUAUUGGCAUUGAUGCAAGCGUUCAAUCUCCAUGGCUUGCUAAUUGGGAAGUUCAGGAAAUCCUGAAAGUUGCUGAUGAAAUCCAACAUAAUGAUCCCAUUGUCAGUAGAAUUUUAUGCGAGCACAGUUAUAAAUUGGCACAUUUGAAUUCUAAUAGCGACCAAAGGGGAGUAUUACAACUCAAGAUUGGAUUGAUGACUUGCUUCAAGCAAAAGCAAGCACGGAGGGGGGGUGAAACUGUGGAUAGAAGCCAAGAUUUUCUUGUCUUACAGAAGUUCUAUAAACUUUAUAGAGAGAAGAAUAAUGUAGAAAAGCUGCGGGAGGAAGAAAUGAAGUUGAGGGAAUCUGGAUCUAUCUGUGCAAAUCUGGGGGAGUUGGAAAGAAAAACAAGUAUAAGGAAAAGAGUUUCUGCAACUCUAAGAAUUCUGGAGACAGUUUUGGAGCAGCUGGAGGAAACUCCCGAAGAGAAACCGUCUCAAAUUGAGGAGCGUGGUACUUGCGAUAUUGGAAAAACAUCUCGAGUUGAGGAGCGAUGGGAGCGUAUAGUCCAUGCAGUACUAAAACGGGAAAGGCUGGGAACUGAUGCAUACAGGCGGCAUGGUACAGGCAUUGUUGGAAAAGUUCGAUCUUCAUUUGCAAUUAGCAGGGUUAUAAAUAAAAUUUUGGAAGCUGCAGAUGAAAUCGAAGAUGAAAAUCUUAUUGCCUCUAGAAUUUUAUGUGAGCAGGGUUAUUCGUUGGCUCUAGAUCUGGAUUGUGAUAGUGAAGGAAACGGAGUAUUGCAGUUUAAGGCUGGUCUGAUUUGUGUCAUUAAGCAAGCGCUAUCACAGAGGAGAAGUGCAAACGCAACCAUAGAUAGAAGUGAAGACUUUGUUCUAUUACAACAGUUCUAUAAACUUUAUAGGGAGAAGAACAAUGUCGAAAAGCUGCUGCAGGAAAAAAUGAAGAUGAGGGAGUGUAGUACUUCUUCCAGUGAUAACCUUAGAGAGUCCCAGAUAAUAGCACGGACGAGAAGAGUUUUUGCAACUCUUACAGUUUUGGGGACCGUUUUGGAGAUGCAGUCGAAGCCGGAUGAUACGCAGGAAAUUCCUCAAGAGCUGAAACGGCUAAUGGAGUCGGAUGCAGCAAGGAUUGAGGAUUUGGACGACUUCGAUAUGAAUUUAUAAUUCUUACAAGGGAAUCCAAGUAAUUAAUUUGUUAAAUCUUCUAAUAUUCUUUGUAUUUCGGCUGCCCAUUUGGCUGACUAGAAGAGCAAUUCACCCGUUGGGUCAAUAGGUCAGGAUCACUAGGUUAGUACACUAUUCACUGCCACCGGAUAUCUGUUUCUACAUGUUGUGUCUGGGUUAUUGGGUCAGUAACUGUUCAUUAAAUAUUCUAUUAAUUUAUUUAGUGUAAAUGAGAAAUAUAUGU